AUGAAGCUUGUGGUGCUCGCGCUCUGCGCGCUCGGCGCGGUGAGCGGGACAGACAAAACACAGUCCAUGACGAACAACAGACAUCGGCGGACUUCGGGGACAGAGCUAUUCCUCAGCAUCGUUGGAGAACGACCAAGCGAGAGGAACCAAAUCAAAUCGUCUAUCCUGCCAGUGCAGCUGCCGAUCCAACUGGGAGGCCAUGGAGGAGUGACAUUACCAAUUCUGGUGCUCCCUGUGCCAAUUUACACCAAUAAUCCAGGUUCCUGCAGCGCUAAUCAUGGAUCAAGCGCUACACAACCAGCACAAACUUUACCAAAUAUACAAAUCGAACAAAUCCGCCAACAAGCUCAAAUCCAGCUUCAAAAAGUGGUCCUACAAUCUCAAGAGCCAACCCCAAACCAGCAAACAGUGGUCCCACAAUCUGAAGAGCCAAUCACAAACCAGCAAACAGUGGUCCCACAAUCUCAAGAGCCAAUCACAAACCAGCAAACAGUGGUCCCACAAUCUCAAGAGCCAAUCACAGACCCGCAAACAGUGGUCCCACAAUCUCAAGAGCCAACCCCAAACCCGCAAACCGUGGUCUCACAAUCUCAAGAGCCAAUCCCAAACCCGCAAACAGUGGUCCCACAAUCUCCAGAGCCAAUCCCAAACCAGCAAUAUGAAAACACCGACACACAACAUGAAGUCGUCCAGAGUAAUUCAGAAGCCCCUCAAUCAAAUCAACAUCAGCAACAUGAAACCAUCCACAGACAUCAAGAAACCAUUACGAGUAAUUCAGUAACCCCUCAAUCUCAGCACCAUGAAACCACCAAUACACAUCAAGAAGCGAUUCAGAUCAACGAGCUUCUUCUAGACACUCAACCACAGAAAACUUAUCAACCCGUGAAGAGUUACGCUUCUGCGAGGGUCGUUAUACCCACUCCGGCAGAUGUUCCUUAUAAGGAGAGUUUGAAUUUCAACCUUGGCACUAACAAUAGGGUCACUUUUAAGGUGGAUGAGUCUCAAGUUCUGGAACCAGUGAACUACGAACAGACGACAGUAGAAGAGGAUAAAAUUCCUUUCUCCGAUGGAUCGCCAAUUUUCGAAACUUCGGAACAGAUGAUCCAAAGCUUCCUCCGCCAAACCCCAGUGGCUCCAGAGGAGCCUGCCGUCAUCCCCGACCUGGACCUCCCUGCCCGUCUCCCGACCACCUCACCCUCGUCUUCCGACGGCCUACCUUCGAUCACAGCAGCGGCGCCGCCUCGUCCGGACUUCAACAGAUCUCUUCAUCUGCGUGUGGAUCUGACUGUGCCGAGCUCCGACUACACUGAGGCUUAUGAUAUACAAUGGCACUCGGAGUCGAACACAGCGAAGACCGUGGUCGAGGAUGGCAGCACUGUCAUCUACCGCGCGCCGCUGGCUGACGGGCGGAUCCAGUUCCUUGAGAUCCAACGAGACCUCGCGGACGGACAGGAGGUGCGCCGCUGCACGCUCUCCCCGCUGAUGCAGGCCUCCCCCGCAGACACUGCCUUCCCAGGACUACCAGCAUUUGACCAGUUUGAGUUCGUUGGCCUCUCCCAGCACCCACCCAUAAACGGCGCCGCCGGUGGGAUGAAACACCAGUUGAUUCUCUGCGCAGCAGCGAACUGGGACGUAGCGUCGUCGUAUAAGCGUCGAAGCUCCCGACUGGCACCCACGAAAGCAGUUCCAUUGUCCGACCACAGCUCGGAUGGGGUCCCUCUCCGAGCAGUGAAUCUGCGGAGGCUCAUAAUCGCAGAAACGGCUGGUGCGUGGCAUAAGCUGUGCGGGAUGGCUAUCGCUUACGCGCGGCAAUGCGCGCACCGCAGCUACUUCGUGCGCCACCACCAUCUCGGGGCGGCCGAAGCGCGCGUCGAGCGCGCGCACCACAACGCCGGGGUCGCGCGCAGACACAAGCAGCGCCGUUACACGACCGCAGAGGGCCGAUCGCUGGUGGAGCGCUGGCGCCGCGUCGUCAAGGGCGGCCCAGGGGAAGGAGGCGCGGCGGAGGGGGAGUCCCUCACCGUCACACACGAGAUGUUCAUCAUCAGGGAAAGGGGACAAGCCGUGCCGCUCAGAUACUCAGUGGUGACUGACAGCUCAGUCCUCGGCCCCAACAGCGACAGUUACACCCACCGCUACAACUUGCUCGACGGACCAACGUCCGCAGUUCUCCCCGACACGGCCAGGGAUUGCGACGUCUUCGAGAAGUAUCAAGAGCACAGUCUUCAGAAGAGGGACAUUGGCCUCGCGUCGAGGGUACUGGCAAAGUUCGACCCGAUCAGAGAAUUCGCUGGACCGACAAGGGAUAUUCGAUACGACUCCAUAUUGACUGACUUCAAAAAGCAAUUCAAACGCAAAUACCUUGACCCGGCCGAAGAGGCCGUCCGCAAAAACCUCCUCGUCCAAUCCUCCCGCUUCAUCGAGGCCGGCAACCGUCUCUGCUCCGGAUUCAAGAUGGCCGCCAACUUCAUGUCAGACCGGCUGGACGAUGAGAUCAACCAGCUGUUCGGAGUCCAGGAGCCGCCAGAGGGCACUAGCGAGCCUGGACUGGUGCCCUUCCCAUACUCGGAGAGUGAAGUAAAGAGUAUCAAGUUGGAGGAUGAGUUUGAUUGGCGGCCGCUUGGUGCCGUUUCUCCUGUUCGCUUCCAAGAGACAACGUGCUCAUCUUGCUGGGCCUUCGCCGUGGCGGGCUCCACGGAGGGCGCGCUCUUCAAGAAGACCGACAAGCUGGUGCCGCUCAGCCCUCAGUGCCUCGUCGACUGCGGCAAACCGUUCGGAACGAACGGCUGCAACGGCACGUGGCCCAGCUUUGCUUAUGACUACGUGAAGGCCCGCGGGCUGCCGGCGUGGGAGGAGUACACCAACUACCAGGCUAAGGUGCUGCAAUGCAAGGACCAGACCGUGCCCCCGGUGACGCACAUCAGCGGGCACGUCAACGUCACCGCCUUCAGCGAGAAUGCCCUCAAGGUGGCGAUCAAGAAUCACGCGCCGUCGGUCGUCAUAGUGGACGCGAAGGCUCAGAGCUUCAUCUAUUACAAGUCGGGAGUGCUCAAGGACAAGCGCUGCGGCGAAAACAAGCCUCGCCUCAAUCACGCCGUCCUCGCCGUCGGCUGGGGCACCAAAGACCGCCCCCACUUCAUCAUCAAAAACUCGUGGAGCGACAAGUGGGGGGAGGGGGGCUACAUCCGCAUCGCGCCCGACUCCUGCGCAGUUCUGGAGCGGCCAUCUUACUCGUUGGUCGAGGAACCGAACAUUGAUAGAGCAGAGCUGAGAGCGGCCGCGGCGAGCCUUAAAGCUUAGUUUUUGAUGCCAAAUCUGAUUAGAUUUUCACCGUUUUGUUGUUCCUCCUGAGUCCCAGAAAGUUUCGU